AAGGCAGUCGCUAGAAACAGACAACUACGAGAACCACUAGAACCAUGAGAAGGGUACACCAUCGAUACCUGCAGUGGUCUGUUCGUUGGACUCAGCAAUCGCCUGUGCUUCCAUUUUGAGUUGGCUUUCUUGGCUGGUGGACCUUCCUGUCUUACUGUCUUUAUUAGCCUGGAGACGCACCUGAAGAGCAAUUCUUUUGGCUUGAAACGAUCGGUCUGCGUGGUUUGAGGCACGCGAGAUGUGUACAGCAACUAAUGAUAGGCUUUGUGCACGGAUAGGCCAGCCAGGACCGUCCACUUUGGGUCUUUCAUCAGUGGUGUACCGUCCCCUCACCUAACGGGACUUCUUUGGAUUCUCACUGAUAGAUUAGCUUAGAUUCUGAGUCGACUCAAAUGCAGAGCUAGCUUAGGCGAUGAAUUCCAUGAUAUCUCCGAGGCAAGCUUCAGAACUGGUUGGUUUCUAGGAAGCUUUCUGACGAGGCUUCAACAGCCGGUAGAAUUCAUGGCUGCCGAGGAAGGGGACAAUGCAGCCGAUGAAAGCUCGUCAACCACCCGAGAAUCCGACGAACACGACGACGAACAUCACGACCCGCUAACAUCAUCAUGCCCCGAGCCGCCGGUUCAGCGUCGUUCGCCGGCUGCUGGAGGAUCAGGAGAUCUUGAAGGAUCACGAGAUCUUGAAGGAUUAGGGGAUCUUUACGGAUCACGGGAUCAUGAAGUAUCACGUGAUCCUGAAGGAUUAGGGGAUCCUGGAGGAUCACGAGAUCGUGGAGGAUCACGAGGUCCGGGACUGGGAAGAGCACCUGGGGGAUCACCGGGGCUUCAACGUUUUGGCAUGAACAGAUCUCGUCAUCAGGCUUCAGCCGUUAGCAGCUGUAGCAACGGCAGCAGCAGCAGCAGCAGAAGCAGCAGCAGUAGCGCUCCCGACAGUGGCCAAGGCGGUCCCGUCAGGCCGACUGAUCAUGCUAGAAUCACAAGUAGUGCUUUUGUCCCGAGUCGGAGCCCUUCGCCUAUCAUGCAAGAUUCACAAGUCGUUCAGAAUCCGCGACAGUGUCAAUGGGCCUCCAGCCAGGCUCAGCAGUCCAGUUAUGGCUGCCAGCGCUGCUGAGAGCCAUCCGCAGUGCGGGUGCUCGCCAAUGCAUCUGGGGUCGCCGCUGCACCUGGAAUGCACCGCCAGGGCCUGCUCCCGCGGUCCUGCAACCGCUAACCACGAAUUCCCUGGCCGAGAACCCCCUUAUCCAGAAUUCUCUGACCGAGUAACUCCGUAUCGAGGAUUACCGUACCGAGGAUCCGCUUAUCAGGAACCUUCUUAUCGAGAAUCUUCUCUCCGAAUUCUUCUUGAUGGGGGAUCCCCGGGCCGGAAAUUCCCAAAAUCGUCAAAUCGAGAAUCGUCGAAUCUAGAAUGGUCAGAUCACGAAUCGUCAGACCGAGAAUCGGCUUCCCUGCUACAAGCGAUUCUCGCUGAUGACGCACCCAUGCUCAACGGACGCCGCACCGAGGACCACCCCCCUCCGAGGGUACCCAAUGCUCCGAGUCGGAGCACGCAGAGCUGGCGUGAUUGCCACCACAGAUACGUGCAGAGGGUGCGUCUGUUAGUGCAGAGCUUUUUUACCCGCAGCAGAUGGUGGUGGGUGUGGCGGCGGACAGCAGGGUUUCUGAUCCAGAAGAAUGACGCGCUAGCUGUAGCGGAUACUGGCGAUCGUGGCGGUGGUGCUGUUCGUCUCGAAUUACUACCUCCUCUCCUCGCGCAUGGAGGGGGCUGCGUGGAGCAAGCACGCGAGAGGUGAUCAUGGCGUGAGGGCGAGGAGCGAGCAGCAGGAGGCGGAGGCGGAGGUGGAGGGAGUGGGUGCUGCUCGGACGGCGGACUCGCCAGUCCGACCUUGGGGACGAGCGCGCAGGUAUGAGCAAGAAAAGUGGUACGAGCGAACCUUCCACACCAUCCCGGGCACUCUCCCGCGCCCUGCCUGGAACGCAUCGGAUGACUCCUUUCUCAACUCCCUGGACGGCAGGUGGCACGUGCAGCCGUACUCGUCGCAGCCAGGGGUGUAUCUGCUGCAGCAGCCCACGGACUUUGCAUGCGUGCUGCUCAUUCAAGAUGCGUGCUACCUCUACAUGCCAGGAAAGUCGCGGCACCACCAGCCCCACACAGGCAUCCGGUUCGCCAGGGAUCGAACCCGCGACCUCUCAAAAAUAUCCAUAGUCAACAACGUGUGCCACCUGUACAGUGACAGGCUGGCAGAAGCGCAGUACGAGUCCUGGCUGGAGCUGAGCUGGCAUGAGCUGGCAGCCGCCCUGCAGAGAGAAUCGGCUCUUGGGAAGGGGGCAGGGAGGAAGCGCAAGCAGAGGAUGGCUGCUGCUGCUUCUUCUGGUGCUGGUGCUGGUGCUGUUGCCUUUUUUAAUGGUGCGGCAGGAGGAGAGGAGAGUAUGCAGCAGGGCAGCAGCAGUACCAAGGGCAGCGGCAACGGCACAUGGGUGGGGCACCACCCCAGCGUGCCUUACUCCAUGCUCCUGCCCGAGCUGGGGUACUCGCUAGAGGCUCUAGAUGCCCCAGAUAGGCCGCUAGAGGAGGUGAGCUUCAGGGACCCCAGUGAUGACUGGAAGACGCCAGGGGCUGGCCGGAAGGAGAGCGGGGAAAGGGCAAGCGAGGGGAGGAGGAGGAAGGGGGCCGUGAAAGGUGGGCCUGGAAAAAAGAGCUCUGAAGUGGCUCAGAAAGGAGGCAAGGCGAGCGAGGGGGACGGGAAGAGUGUGAAAAGUGGUGGGGCUGGAAAGGAGACCCGAAGAGAGGUGCUCUUGGGUGGGCGGAGGAAGCUGCUGGGAGCCUGGGAAUCAAGACAUCGCCACAGCCAGGGGCCACGUAGACGCCAACCCCACAGCAGCAGCAGCGAAAACACCACCACCAGAUACAACCUUCCCUGGAUGCUGCCUCUGCAGCCUCCCCACAUGGCCAUGGAGAACCUAGUGGACGGGUUCGACCAGGAGCCGGACGAACAACCCCAUGUGGACCUCUCGGACCUGAAACGCCGCUCCAAGCACACCUAUGGGCGCCUGGUGAGCCACCUGGGGAUGACGCGGUACGUGAAUGGGAGUGAGAGAGGGAGCAGGGAGCGGCUGGUGAGACAGCUGGCCGGGAGAUUGAUGUGGGUGGGCGUGGUGCCGCGGUACGGGUCGGCUGUGGGCGAGUUUGGGCGCGCACUGGUGCCCCUGAUGGAGGUGGCUGGGCACCUGGAGGCCUCGUUAGAGUCACGGGCAGAAGGAGAGGUAGAGGCAGCUCCUGGAAUGUAGCAGUCAGGACGGAAAGAAUCGGCGUAGCCGCAGCCAGGGAAGCAGCGUGCACAGCAGCGAAGCCAGCUGCAGCAGCAGCAGAGGCGAAACCACCAGCAGCAGCAGCCGCAGCAGCAGCAGCAGGAGAGGGUGGUGGUAUUUUUCCCUGGAGACAACUCCAUUCGCUGCCAGUGGACUGUGGAGGCCGCUCAGCUGCUGUUCAGUGGGCGCACACGGGUGCAGGCAGGCAGAGUGGCGGGCCAAAAGGCGAGA